AUGUCAACUAAUCAUCCAAAAACGUGGUGCGAUCUAAACUGCGAUCUACAUGGAUUGUUAAUUGAUAAUUGGCCGAAAAUCGAAGAAGGUUAGUUUUUUCAUAAAAUUGAUUAAUUUUAUAGAUUUUUUUGCAGUUUUUCGCCAGUAUUCUACGCCUACAAAUACAAUCUUGAUUUCCAUGCAACAUGAUGAUAUGUUUCAAGUCAUAAUCUCGAGUGUUCUCGAAGGAAGUCGAAUUCUCAAAUUUACUGCCAUCAAACUGUAGGUUUUUUUAUCACGUGAGAACAAGAAGACCUUGAAAAAUGUUAUAAAUCAAAAUUUCUGGAACAAAGACUAUAUUUUAGACGGAAAAAUUGAAGCUAAUAAAUUUGGGUGGCAUAUUUCAAACAAAGAAAAUUUGAUGCCUUUUGUGAAUCCGAACCGAAAGAAAUUGAAAAAACAAAAAAAUUAAAUUGUAUUCUCGAAUUUGAAUUCAUAUUUCUUUGUACUAUGCGUCAUCCAAAAAAAAUCGAUAAAUAAAUUGAACAUUUCCAAAAAAAAACUGCCAAUCUUUUUGAACCCUGGCAGAUGUUCUUUCUUGACAAAUAAAAACACAUUUUUCAAUCAUCCAUUUUUUUAAUUGGAAAAUAUAUGGAAUUGGUAUCUAAUUUAUGUAACACAAUAAUUUUGCAGAACUGAAAAAUUGAUUCACAUGUUUGGAGCACAUCCAUUUCUCAAAGAAACGGUUCCCGAGAAACUGCUUGAUGCACUUGCUGAAAACACCAGACGAAUUCGAGAAUUCCGCUUCUUGAAAAGAAAUGGGCCAAGUUUCCAAGAUCCAUUGGAGACUGGAGAAUCGAGCUCAGCACAAUCAAACAACAUUGAUCCAAUCAAUAGUAUUUUGCAAAAUGGAAAUGAAGCCCAAGAAGAUGCGCCGGUUAAUGAUAAUGUUAGAGUGGUUGUAGAAGGGCUGGAGGAAUUGGAAGAUGUCAAAGAUUUCGGGGAAUUAAUCGUAAGUUAUUUGAUGCAUGUAUUUUUCUAGAAGACAGGCUUUCAGAGAAAACAAAAAGAAUUGGAGAACCAGGCCAAGCUCAAUGCUCAAGCAGUUGGAGAAUCAAGUAAUGCUCAAGCUCAACCGGAAGACAAUACUGGUGCCGUCGCUGAAUCUUCAAGAAAACAAAAAAAAAUAGAGAAUCAGGCCAAGCCAAUUGCUCAACCAGUUGAUGAAUCAAGACUCCUUGCUCAAGCUCAACCGGAAGACAAUGCUGAGGCUGUCGCUGAAUCUUCAACAAUAAAUGGCAAACCUGAAAUUGCGGAAAAUAUUGAUUCAGUUGUUGGAAAUUCUUCAUCUAAUGGAAAUGGAUCGAAAUCAUCUGACAAAAAUGAUACCGUUGCAAAAGCUAAAACAACUCCAAAAACUCCAAAAAUUACAAAGAAGUCUCCUGUAAGUUUUCCUCAAAAAUUUUUUUUUUGAAAAAAUCUGUCUUUCAGAAAGUGCAUGAUUUCGCUGCAGAACAAGUUGAACAUUUGUUUGCUGAUGAACCUGAAGAAGCAAACUUGUCGGAUGAUGAGACAUACUAUCCGAAUAGAGAACAUAAGAAGAAAAAAGUAAUUAUGAAAAAGGACAAACUUUGCCUAAUUCUCAAAUUUCAGAAACGACACUCUCGUAAAAGGAAACGUCAGCAAGAGUAUCAUGACGAGGACACUGACGAAGACGAUUUGGAUUAUUCAGAAGAAGGAAGGGGUGAACACAAGAAGAAAAUAGUCAAAUCGGGUCCGACACCUGCUAAAAAAGUACAAACUCAUCUCAUAAUGAUACUUGGGGUAUUUGUUUUUCAAAAAGUGUUUGGAAAAGCAAAAUUCGAAAAUCAAAACUUCAAUUAAUGAAAAAGAUCUCCGGGAAGCACCAAUUUCUAAAAUGUGAAUAGUUCCUUGAUCCGAAAAUUAUUAAAAAAAAGUGUUUCCUGGAUUUCUUUUUCUAGUAGGGUCAACUAUUAUGCAGUAAGAUUUGCAUGUAUCAUCAAAUUUUUCAGAGAAGUUAUGAACAGCCCAAGCAACGUUAUUCAGAAGGACGCCCGCCAUCACUUGCUGUAACUAGAAACCCGUACAACACGGUCAGAUUUGAUAGUCGAUUGGUUGAAGAACCAGAUGAUGAUGAGGCAGAAGAAGCUGUCGAAGAACAACAGCAGGAAGUAGAAGAGCCUGAAGAAACAGUUGAAAAUAAUGUUGUUGAAGAAAAAGAAACUGAAAAAGAUUCAAAUCCAGAAGAAGUUCAAGAAGAAGAGGACAAAAAACCAAAUCAACCAGAAAAAUCGAACGAUGAACCGGUUCCAAGUACAAGCAGAGCAUACCAGGGAGAGCCAGUUGAUGUUACAAUUGAUGGAAAUCAAAACAAAAAAUUGAAAAAAUACAACGGAAUGUUGUUUGAUCAAGAAGCAUUAGAUAUACUUUAUCCAGAAAAAGAAGAUGACUUUAAUGAUUUAACAUCUCAAAUCUACGAUGAAGAAGAAAUUGCAAGAUUAGAUCAACGAUAUGCCAGACAUCAAUCUGCUGAUGUUCCAGCUGUAGCUGAUGAAGUUUCAACACUUAUGGGAGAAACAGUGCAAGAAUUAUUGGAUAUGAAUAAGUUGAAAAAUAUUGAUUUCGGGUUGACUGGAGAAAAAAUGAAAUUGCAAGCGGUUUAUGAAAUGAACAAUCAAGUGAUGUUGAAUUAUUUGAACACAACAACACCACCAAUCGAAUGGUUGAGCUUCUACAAACUCGACAAGAAUUCUCAUUUCCCGGACGCUGCUUUGUAUAUAACAAAAGAAAUGAUGACGGAUUCUUAUGAAAAAAUCUAUGGAGCAUAUUAUUCGGAAUUAUUCGAACAAGAUGUGGAUACCACAGAUGCUGAACUUUUGUUCAAAUACAUUCUCGCCAGACAAAUUUAUGUGUCAAAUCUUCGUUUUCCAAAUGGCCGAAUUACCGAAUUCGAAAAAUUCAAUUAUGGAAAAUUGAAAGAUGCUGGAAGUACAUUUGUGUUUCCCGGUGGUGAUAGAGUUGCAAUCGAUCACGUGAGUUGAAUUCAUUUUUGAUUUCCAAUAUUCUAUUUUUUGCAGAAUACAAGAUACACAUCGAAUUCGUUCUUGACGCAACAAAAUUGGAAAAACUUCAAAAUUGGAAGUAUGGUUUGGGUUAGAUUCAAAUCAAAAUGGUGGCCAGCAUAUAUUGUGGCAUUUGAAUCAAAUAAUGGGGCAUUCGGGCUUCCGAUUUUGUCGAAACCGAAACAUGGACCAGUUAUCGUCAAAAAUGAAUUGUUAAUUCAUGUAAAAUAUCCAGACGGUGCUUGCAGUUAUAUGAAUAUUGGAAUGAUUGAUCAUUUUACAACCAAUUUCUGUAUUCGUUUUGAUCCAACAAAUGGAUCUACUAAUUAUGUCUCCUCCGUGGCGUAUUGCAUUAAUCAACUUCGACAAGUUGGAUAUUUUGAAGAGUGAGUCAGAAAAAUCCUGCCACGCUCAAAAAAUCAAUAAUAUUUUGAUCUUCGUGUUUUUUGUCUACUGUAAGACAAUUUGAUGUUCCCAGCAAUAUUUCGAAUUAAAAAUAAUUCGAUGUGAAUUGGUUUUUUUUGCAGACACAUCAGUUACAAAGUUGGAAACGCUCUUCUAAACUAUGGUUGGGACUUCAACUACCUUCCACCAUAUCAACAUAAAAGAAUCUUCUGUCAAAAUACUGUGCAAGGAUUACCAGAUCCAAUGAUUUUGAUGGAAAUGCGCACAAAAUAUGCGAAAUCUGUGGAAGAAAAAUCAACUGCCAAAGUCAAAGAUUUGCUUUAUUCACCAUUCAGUUUUACUGAAAAAUCAAUUAAAAAAUAUGAAACUGGGCGCCGUGAGAUGGCAGCAGCUCAUAAUAUCGAUCUUCAUCAUUUCCAUCGAUAUUUGGAAGCAAAUGGUGGAACAAUGAAUGCAGCUCCAAUAAUGUAUCGUGUAACUGGAUGUGUUGCAAAAGUGUAGGUUUUUUUCUUGUUGUGUUUUGAAUUCGAAUUCAAAUCAAGUUUUCCGCUUGAGAAAAAUCAAAACAUGUGUUUUUCUUUCAGCAUGGAUAAAUACAAACCAUGGGGCUACAACAAAAAUGAAGAUUUGGAAGAACAAUCUUCGAAGAAAAGCAGCAAAAAAGAAGAAUAA